AGCAGAUAUUAACACACUAUCAUCAAUACGUCAAUAGUUUUUUUAAAAAAAACACGUAAAUCUUCCCCAUAGGCUUUGAAAAGCGUUGAUGGUGGAGACAAAAGCCAAAGUCGAAUAAAGAGUGGAGCAGUGAUGUCUCCUUUUCUUUUUCCGAAGUCUUCUUUCUCGACUUCGCGCGGUCCUUUAGAUCCUGGCGAAUGGUAGGUGGAGAUGGGAAUCAACUGGUAAGUAAGGUGCCUAAAUGAACUUGCAAAGUCCUGCUCCAUCCUCUUCUAAGCCCCCGCCAAGAAAUAACUGUUGACAGGUUGGCUCUAGGAUCCUUACAUUCAGGCUGUAGCGGAAAACAUGUCCGUCCGGCACAAGAGCUCAGUUCACGAGCAAACCCUGCAACGUCCCAGACAUCUUCACCCGAGGGUGGGACCGCGAAACAUGGCUUUCCUAAAAACAACCAAAAGACAGCGGGACAGACGGGCAGAAUCCGAUUUCACCAGGUUCUUGGCGCCAAAACAAACCAUCGGGUCCGUCCCCUGCCGGACCUAUACGACACGUAUUCGACAAUCCUCCGCCUCGCUAAAUAGUCCUGUCUAAAACGUCUCCAAUACACACUAUUUUACCUCAAAAGGCCUUCCGAGGAUAGACAGUGACCUCUGGGGCGCAUCAUCGUUCUGUUCGAAUACAAACACGGUUUUCCUAUCAUUUUCUGUUCAUAGAUUCCUCCGCCAGAAAUUAUAUUCCCCGAGUCUUCACUUCCGGGUCCGCCAUUUUGCUGCCUCCAUUUCUUCACGAGGGGGGGUUAAAGGCCCCCAAAAUAUGCAUAUAUGAAAAGGCCAAAAAGUAACCGUCAUUGACAGGGAGUCUUAACUAGAAAAGGAAACAGGACAAAACUGGCAGGCUCGGUGAAAGCACAGCCGGCAGCGUCCCGGACGAGGAGCUUCCUGAAAAUUUGUGUUCCUAUGUAUAAAGAUGUCUUUGGUGGACUUAGGGAAGAGGUUGCUAGAAGCAGCAAGAAAAGGCCAAGAUGAUGAAGUGAGAACAUUGAUGGCAAAUGGUGCCCCAUUCACCACAGACUGGCUUGGAACAUCACCCCUCCACCUUGCAGCCCAGUAUGGUCAUUAUUCCACAGCAGAAGUGCUCCUUCGAGCAGGAGUUAGCAGGGAUGCACGGACCAAAGUGGACAGGACCCCUUUGCACAUGGCUGCAGCUGAUGGACAUGCACACAUCGUGGAACUACUUGUUAGGAAUGGUGCAGAUGUGAAUGCCAAGGACAUGCUAAAGAUGACAGCUUUGCACUGGGCCACAGAGCACCACCAUCGGGAUGUUGUAGAGCUGCUUAUCAAAUACGGAGCUGACGUCCAUGCUUUCAGCAAGUUUGAUAAGUCUGCUUUUGACAUAGCCCUGGAGAAGAACAAUGCUGAGAUUCUGGUCAUCCUUCAGGAAGCAAUGCAGAAUCAGGUGAAUCCUAAUCCCGAGAGAGCCAACCCUAUGACUAUGGCUACCCCAUUCAUCUUCACAUCAGGAGAAGUUGUCAACCUCGCAAGCCUUGUUUCUUCAGCCAGCACCAAGACAACCUCAGGUGACCCCCAUGCCUCCUCAACAGUACACUUCUCAAAUUCUACCACCUCAGUGCUGGCCACCCUUGCAGCUCUUGCUGAGGCAUCAGCCCCCCUCUCCAACUCACACAGAGCCACAGCUAAUUCAGAAGAAAUCAUAGAGGGAAAUUCUGUUGAUACAUCAAUCCAGCAAGUGGUGGGGAGUGGAGGCCAGAGGGUCAUCACCAUAGUGACCGAUGGAGUCCCUCUGGGUAAUAUCCAAACUGCAAUCCCUACUGGAGGCAUUGGCCAGCCAUUUAUUGUGACUGUGCAAGAUGGACAGCAAGUUCUAACUGUACCUGCUGGUCAGGUUGCAGAGGAGACUGUCAUUGAGGAAGAGGCAGAAGAAGCAGAGAAAUUGCCACUGACUAAGAAACCAAGGAUAGAAGAGAUGACAGACAGUGUGGAAGAAAGCAAGGAAGGCACUGAAAGAGAGCUACUUCAGCAGCGCCUCCAGGAGGCUAAUCGAAGAGCCCAGGAGUACCGACACCAGCUCCUAAAGAAAGAGCAGGAGGCAGAACAGUACCGCCUCAGACUGGAGGCCAUGGCCCGACAACAGCCCAAUGGAGUUGAUUUUGCCGUGGUUGAAGGGGUGGCCGAGGUAGAUGCUGUAGUAGUCAUGGAGGGGGCGAUGGGAGAGAGAGAGACAGAAGAGACUGAGGCAGCAGGGACCGCAGAGCCUCACACUGGAGUUUCCAUGGAAGCUGUUUCAACUUAAUGUGCAAGGGCCACAACUUGUACUGUGUCCAUCCUUUUCCUCUUAAAAAAAAAUACAGAGGACAAACUGUGUAAAAAUUAAGAAUGUCCUAAAGAAGAAAAUUAUAUAGCAGGGUACAAUGCUAUCGGCUACAACUUGGGCUCAGGAAAGCUCUCUAUGCAACUGGAAAAUUCGAAGCCCAAUUUAGGGAACACGUCUUCUGAGGGUCCAAAAUAAUAAGGACCAGAUUUCUCAGCUCACAUCAUUGCUUGAAGCACAGUGGUAAAAGAAAGGUGGAUGUUAUGGACCGAUUGUUUUUUAAAUAACUGACUUUCUAUCAGAAGAUUUUGAAAUAAUAUUUCUAAUAUGGACAUACCCAGAGCCUUUAAUAGUCGAACCAUCAAGUGACCUGAAACUUUGCCUUAGAUUUAUGAUGUGUACCCAUUAGGGAAGAAACCUAGUUGGGAGGAGGGAUUAGAUGUAAACUUUGGGGAAGACAAAGAAAUAUAUUCUGCUUCCAAAGGAAGAGGCAGGCACUCCCCACUAUGCUGAGUUAAUUUCACUGAGAAGAAAUCACCUAGGUAAAUCUGCAUCCACUGUGUGUCCAUACCCCAGAUGCCAGUUUAAGAAGCUAAAAUAGAAUUUUUAAAAACUGGAAAGAAAACUUGCUGAUGUGGGAGACGUGUAUGUAGAUCCCACAUCCUCCAGCUGUACCUCUGCGAUGCUGAAACAUGGCCAGAAAAGAGGCUCAUGGGGUUAGGAAACAGUGUGGUCUCAAGACACCAACUUUGCUUUGGCUAGAUUUUAUGAAAUUGCAAUGAGGAGGGUAGUCUGUUGUCAGAACAACUUGCUUCCAAGCAUUUAUUUAUGUAAUGUCAAGCUUUAAUAUCAACUUUUAAAAAAAUAUUAAUUUAUUUAUUUUAAUUGGAGGCUAAUUACUUAACAAUAUUGUAUUGGUUUUGC